CUAAAAAAAAACACUCAUUUCUCUCUAUUGUUAAGAAAAACAAGAAAAACCCUCAGAGAAAAUUCAAGAUGGGGAGCUUAGGAGAAGAAGAUUUGGAGAAGCUUGUGAUCGAUUACAUUGAGUCUCCGAUCAUCUCUGAUGAUGUGGAGGAACAACCUUCAAGAGUUCUUAUCACUCUUCAGGAUGUUCUUGGGACAAAAGAAGAAAAAGAAAAGCAGAUUGAAGAUAAGUUAAAGUCGAUUAUCAGAAGAAAUAAAUUAUCAUACAAAAGAGAUGAUGAGAAGAAAGAUGUCAUGAAAAAGAUAGUGUCAAAGCUUAGAUCUGACGGCUACGAUGCUUUUAUCUCCAGAACCUCGUGGGACUCUUCUUUUGAUCGGCUUGAAGGAUGUAGAGUGUUUCGUUGCACAAGAAAGUACGAGUACAUUGACGUCAUGGUGGAGAGUGAUGGCGACGGUGAUGAUGGAAGCAAGUUUAGACGUGUGAUAGUUGAUCUUGAUUUCAAGUCUCAGUUUGAGCUGUUGAAACAUACAAAAGAUUACAAAGACGUGACUGAGAUGCUUCCGAGAAUAUUUGUUGCGACAGAAAUGAGACUCAAAAAAGUUGUUUCGUUGGUUUGUAAUGAGAUGAAAAAGUCAAUGAAGGAAGAAGGAAUGUCUAGACCUCCAUGGAGGACUAAGAGAUACAUGCAAGCCAAGUGGCUCUCUGAGAAUCGUAUAAGAGUGUCUGGUUCUAAUAAAGGAUCUUGGUCUAUGUUUGAUGAUGGUCAAGGAGGUGAAGAUGUUGGGACAACGAGUCGUGGUGGUACUGGUAUGAAAACUAAGUGUUGUUUUCCUAUUUUCUGAGAGAUUAAGCUGAGUUUUUUUUAGUUUAUGGAUUUUAU